AAUAUGCCCGUUAUAAAGUACCCCAGGGUUAGAGACCCUCUCUCUUAUGAAUGGGACAGGAAAGCCCAGAAAUGUGGAUUAAGACAUACUAUUUAUGCUGUAAAUGGGGAUCAGUAUACUGGAGAAUGGCUGGACAACUUGAAACAUGGUAAAGGCACCCAGAUUUGGAAAAGCACAGGAGCUGUUUACAGCGGUGACUGGAAGUUUGGGAAGAGGGAUGGUUAUGGCUCAUACAGCAUUCUUGACCCAGUGACCAAGGAGUACAAGAAAGUGUACACAGGCUGGUGGGAAAACGACCAAAGAGGUGGCCAGGGGAUUUUUUUUUACCCCAACGGGGAGCAAUACGAGGGCGAGUGGAGCAAUGGUUUGCGGAGCGGCUGGGGAAAGAUGCACUACAAGGACGGCUCCACCUACGAGGGACAGUGGCUGACGGAUCAGCCCAACGGGACGGGCGUGCUGCGGCUCCCAAAUGGGAAUCGGUACGAAGGAGGUUGGAAAGAUGGCAAGAAGCAUGGCCCAGGGAAAUACUUCUACACAGACAAAGGGCAGCUGUUAGAAGGCAUCUGGGUAGCAGAUAUACCAAAGUGUGGAGUUCUGGUUGACUUUGGCAGAGACAACGCUCCAGCCUCUAUUGAAUCUCCACUCCCAGAGAUUGAACUACACGAUCCAGCUGGUGUUUUAGCAGAGGCCCGGGCAAGGUUUGAUGACAGCCAUAAUUAAUAACCAGAUGCUGAAGGAAAAAAAAAAAAAAGUUUUAAAACCACAACCCUGGGUUAUUUCUUCCUUCGAGUCUCAAACCCACACUGUGGUUAUCAUGUCGUGGUCGGCCUCACCCUUCCCUCAAGGCUGUUCAGGUAAACUUCCCUCUGCAGGUAGCUUUGCUCAGUAGCCUCCUCCCACCCUCAUUAUUUUAGAAAAGAAUAAAAAUUGAUGGGAAAAACCCCAAAAGACAACCAUCCAAAUACGGGAUGACAGGCAGAGUGACUCUUUGUUCAGCACCUCUUACUCCUGCUAAGAAAUCACACUCCUGGUGGUUUAAAAGCCUUUGCUCUGGAGGAGGGUUUUUUGUAUGUGUUUUAAAAGAAUAUCACAAUCAGAAAAUU